AUAACACUUCUACCCGCCUCCUUACGUGGUCAACAACCGCUUCCUCUGGCUAGUUUCUGGAGGGACGGGAAGAGAAACGUUGAAACUUAGAAAUAUACAUUUAAUUUGGGGUUUAUAGCAAAAGCAACUAUAGAGUGGUGUCUCGGAGCACAGAUAUUGCGUCUAUUAUUACCAUAUUCUGCUUGCAUCCUUGCAUGUUAGCAUAGUUAUCUUCUAUUUACCGUAGUGAUAGCUGUGCAGUUAAGCCCGCCGUGUUAGCUAGCUAACUAGCUAGCUAGCGACUAGCCUCUCUUUUACUCCGCCGUGUUGACUUAAAUUUUCGAAAAAAGGCUCAUUUUAACAGAACCCAAUGGCCGAAUCUGAUAAAUUAAACAUCGAUUCAAUUAUACAACGUCUCCUUGAAGUGAAGGGUUCCAGGCCUGGAAAGAACGUACAGUUGACGGAAAAUGAGAUCCGCGGUCUGUGCCUCAAAUCCCGGGAGAUCUUCCUCAGUCAACCCAUUCUACUGGAACUCGAGGCACCGCUAAAGAUUUGUGGUGAUGUUCAUGGUCAGUACCACGACCUGUUGAGGUUGUUUGAGUACGGUGGAUUCCCCCCGGAGAGCAACUACCUGUUCCUGGGCGACUAUGUGGACAGAGGCAAGCAGUCCCUGGAGACCAUCUGUCUGCUUUUGGCCUACAAGGUCAAGUACCCAGAGAAUUUCUUUCUGCUGCGAGGCAAUCACGAGUGUGCCUCCAUCAACCGGAUAUAUGGCUUUUAUGAUGAAUGCAAAAGGCGGUAUAACAUCAAGCUGUGGAAGACGUUCACAGACUGCUUCAACUGCCUACCUGUCGCUGCCAUUGUUGAUGAAAAGAUCUUCUGUUGCCAUGGAGGCUUGUCUCCAGACCUGCAGUCCAUGGAGCAGAUUCGGCGCGUGAUGCGCCCCACAGACGUGCCCGACCAGGGGCUCCUGUGCGACCUGCUGUGGGCCGACCCCGACAAGGACGUGACGGGCUGGGGCGAGAACGACCGCGGCGUCUCCUUCACCUUCGGCGCAGACGUGGUCGCCAAGUUCCUGCACAAGCACGACAUGGAUCUCAUCUGCCGUGCCCACCAGGUGGUGGAGGACGGCUAUGAGUUCUUUGCCAAGCGUCAGCUGGUCACACUCUUCUCUGCCCCCAACUACUGCGGGGAGUUUGACAACGCCGGAGCCAUGAUGAGCGUGGACGAGACACUCAUGUGCUCAUUUCAGAUUCUGAAGCCUGCCGAUAAGAAGCUGUUCUCCUACAGCGGGGGAGGGGGCUUUGGGGCCGGCCGGCCCGUAACCCCGCCCAGGAACUCGGCCAAGGCCGGCAAGGCCAAGAAAUGAUCCGCUCUCCUCCACUCGUCCUCUUCUCCACUCCUCUGCUCUACCUCUCCUCCUCCUGUCCUGUACCUCUCCUGAUCUCUUCCUCCUCCUCCUCCUCCUCCUCCUCCUUUCCCCCUGCUCUUCCUCCUCUUCUCUCGGACACCAAAAUCCCCCUGCUAAGUAGCCGAGUCGGACCUGCAGCCGGCCCGGCCUCGCCCCCGCACCCGGCCCGGCCUCGCCCCGCACCCGGCCCGCACCCGGCUCCUCUCCGGUUCUGAUUCGGCUGCAGUCUGGGUCUGUGCAGUCUCUCCAGGGCUCCACCUUUUUAUUUCUCUUUGUUCCUUGAGCUGUUUUCUCAAUAAAUUCAUAGUGUGUGUG